AUGAACUCAACUCAAACAGUCCUCGUGGAUCUAGAAAAUAAUAAUACCAAUCACUCUGACCCCAUCGAGGUAGAAAAUCAUAGGUUUAGUACGCUCAAAGCUGAGACGGAAAGCGAAACAUCGGUCAUAACGACCUAUACACCGCCCGACGGUGGUAUGAAGGCGUGGCGUCUAGUUGCAGGCGGUCACCACUUCAAAGAACAUCUUCCAUUAGCAUUGGGUAUCGUCACAGCGGCAACUGCCUUGUCACUGACAUUUACCGCCUAUGUAUUCCUCUGCGCGGCUAGUUACUUAAUUCAAGCGAAAGGGUUUGCAAUUGCCACACGGAUUGUUACUGGGAUCUGCUUUGGCAUGUUAGCAUUAGCCAACUUCCUGAUGCGCACCCAAGAAUGCUACUUAAAACAAGAUAUACAACAA